AUGAAAAGUGCACUUGGUCGCGAUGCCAUUCAAAGAUUCAAGCGAGCUUUCUUCCCAGCAUACGCUCUCGUUUGUGCAGCCGACUGGCUUCAGGGACCCCACAUCUAUGCACUCUAUAAAUACCACAAACACCUCCCAGAGACGACAGUGGCUGCUUUGUAUGGCAGUGGGUUUGUCGCUGGUGCUCUCAGUGCCUCGUUCGUCGGGCAAUUGGCCGAUAAGUAUGGUCGUCGAAGUGCUUGCCUGCUCUACUGUAUCAUCUACUCGAUAGCAUGCUUGUCCAUGCUCUCUGAUGACUUGCUCAUCUUGUUUGCAGGUAGAGCUUGUGGCGGUGUUAGCACGACUUUGCUGUACAGCGUCUUUGAAACAUGGAUGAUCGCUGAGUAUCAUGAUCAAGCAUUAGAUGCUUAUGGCUUGAGCUUGGGAAGCAUGUUUGGUAAGAUGACAACACUUAGCGGAGUUGUCGCUAUCAUCUCAGGUGUCACUGGCGAUCUUUUGGUCAGGUCGCUAGACUCGAAGACAAGCCCUUUCAUGGCUAGCAUUGUUUGCUUGAUGCUGGCUCUUGCAUAUAUAUCAAAGCAUUGGAACGAGAACUAUGGAGACAGUGCUAGCAGCAAAGACAAGGAAGGCGAGCCUAUUGGUCUGGGUCAGGUCGUCUUCGAUCCAAAGAUCAUCUCCAUCGGCCUUGCAUCCUGCAUCUUCGAGGGUAGCAUGUACAUGUUCGUCUUCUUCUGGUCUGCGGCUCUCUCUACCGUACAUGCUAGUAUCGACCUCAUCAGUCCUCUUCCGUUUGGAGUAGUCUUUAGUUCCUACAUGUGUGCUAUGAUGAUAGGCUCGAUCAUCUUUACUCUCAUACCGCCAUCAUCGGACAAAGCACAUUACAUCCUCAAGAUGGUGUUGACAAGCGCGAGUAUUUGCUUCCUAUCCAGUGUCUUAAUCAAGAGCGAGGUAUUGGUCUUCUGGGCGUUUUGUUUGUUCGAGGUUUGUGUGGGUGCAUACUUCCCCAGUAUGGCUUCUCUGAAGGGCAAAUUGAUCCAAGAUGGUAGUCGUGGGAGGAUAUAUGGCAUUCUUAGACUGCCUCUGAACCUCUUUGUCAUAAUAGCGCACAGUCUUGCAGAAGAAGGUAUGUCCGAAGUACUUCUGUUCGAUCGAGAUACUGGACUUGCACGGUACAGGUGA